CAGAGCUGGUUGACAGAAGUCACGUGAUCAGUGACACCGUAAUCUGAGUCGUAACUUCCUUGUUUUUGUCGGACCCAUUAAACUGCAACCAUUCCAGUAAUAUACGGUCAAAAUAAACAGGAGACGAAAUGCACAUUACCAGAUCCGUCACGUACAGGCGGAGACGGCAAGGCGGUACAGCCUAGGAGCUCUCCCUGAUUCCAGAUCCUUCCAUCUGUCUCCUUCUUUAUGUGUGAAUCAUGAUGCUGUGCUGGGGAAGCAGUGCCUCGGGUCAGCUGGGCAUUGGUGUGUCGGAGGCGUUUGUCUUUGAGCCGAGGAGCUGUUGCAUGUUCGACGGGAGGGGUCUUAAAGAAGUUGCGUGCGGCAGCCAGCACUCGCUUUUCCUGUUGCAUGAUGGGAGCGUUUACGCCUGUGGCUCCAACAGCUGCGGUCAGCUGGGCCAUGACAAGGGAGGAUGGAGGCCAGAGCUGGUAGGAGCUCUGGAUGCUCAGAAGAUCGCCGGCGUGUCGUGUGGGCAGGCUCACUCUCUGGCGGUGAACGAGCAGGGGCAGGUGUUUGCCUGGGGGGCCGGAGAAGGAGGGCAGCUCGGUCUGGGUACAGCUGAAGAGGCGGUCCGUGUGCCCAGGUUGAUUAAAAAGUUGUGCGAGCAUCGAAUCUCACAAGUGAUGUGUGGCAACCAACACUGCAUAGCACUUUCAAAAGAUGGUCAGUUGUUUGUAUGGGGGGAGAACUCCAGUGGUCAGCUGGGUUUAGGGAAGGGAGAGCCGAGCACUCUGUCUCCUCAACCGCUCAAAUCUCUGUGUGGGAUCCCUCUGGCUCAGAUCAGCGCUGGAGGAGACCACAGCUUCGCCCUGUCGCUCUCUGGAGCCGUGUUCGGCUGGGGGAAGAACAGCGCCGGGCAGCUAGGGCUCAAUGAUGAGCAAGGUAAAACACACGCUGACCUAGAGGUUCAAAAUCUUUUUUUUUUGUGUUAUAUUAGGUUGGUGUGCUCACAGAAGGUGGUGUACAUCAGCUGUGGAGAGGAGCACACCGCCGCCUUGACAAAGGAAGGGGGUCUGUUCACAUUUGGAAAUGGUUCAAGAGGACAGCUGGGCCACGAUUCCACCAGAAACGAGCCUCUUCCACGCAGAGUUAUGGAGCUCAUGGGCACUGAGGUGUCUCAGAUCGCUUGUGGGCGGCACCACACCCUGGCAUUCGUGCCCUCCACUGGUCUGGUUUACGCUUUCGGCUGCAACACUCAGGGCCAGCUGGGUACAGGCCUCAGAGGAAAUGCUAAGAGCCCACUUCCUGUCGGGAACAUCCAACCCCUGUGCAUUGGAAACACACACACAAAAGGCGAGCGCUACACCAUCUGUAAAAUUCACAGUGGAGGUGAUCACAAUUUCCUGUUGUUGUCUACUAAGGAGGGUGCAUCUUGUCCCGAGGAUUUCCGCAUUAUGAAUACCACCAAAAGCAUCGCUCUGAUUAAUUCUGAGAGUCUGGACAGCUGGAGGAUGAAGCUUCAUGACAACAGCGAUUCAAGCAUCACCAAUGACAUCAUACUCCUGUUUUCCUCAACUGCAUGUUGGAAUGCCAGCUUUUUGGACCAAAGUGAUGACGGGCAUUUCAAAACCAACCCCAAAGUCCCGGGCAUCGAUUUCAAUGCUGUUAGGCUGCUUUUUGAGACGCUGAUGAAACCAGCCUUCGCAAGACUUUUGGAGCAGGCCACGAAGAGCUUUGAGAGUCUCCUGAUCCCCCAGCUGACCUGCUCUCCUCCUGACGUGGAAGCCAUGCGGAUCUAUCUGAUCCUGUCUGAAUGUCCCGCUCUCCAGGACUCCAAAAACUACAUCUCUCUCACCAUCCCUCUAGCCAUGGCCAUCCUCAGACUGGACGCCAACCCCAGCAAAGUCCUCGAUAAUUGGUGGUCUCUAAUGGAUUGCGAGGUUUUCUCCAGACUAGUGGAGAUGUACAAAAGCAUUGUUGUGUUUCUGUUGACUGGCGGGAAGGCGCUCCUGAUGCCUGUGUUUCUGGAGAGCUACACCAGUGCUGCCCUGCGACUGCUGGAGAAGCUACACAAGGUCAAUCUGAAAGCCCAACUUGUGGAAUACAACCACUUCUACAUCCCUGAUAUCUCAAGGUUUGUGGGCAUGAAAAUGCGAUACCCUCCAGUGCAGGGUUCUGUCACGUUAUGUGCCUAUCCGUUCAUAUUGAACGCACAAGCCAAGACAACCGUGCUGCAAACAGAUGCUGAGCUGCAAAUGCAGAUGGCAGUAAGCGGCGCUAACUUGCACAACGUCUUCAUGCUGUUGACUAUGGAACCUUUGCUGGCAAGAAACCCUUUCCUGGUGCUUCAUGUACGAAGGAACCUCUUAGUCAGCGAUGCUCUCCGGGAGCUCACAGUCUACAAUGACGUAGACUUGAAGAAGCCGCUGAAGGUCAUCUUUGAUGGAGAGGAAGCUGUGGAUGCAGGAGGAGUCACUAAAGAGUUCUUCCUGCUCCUAUUUAAAGAGCUGAUGGAUCCGAUCUAUGGCAUGUUCACCCAAUAUUCAGAGUCCAAUCUUCUGUGGUUCUCUGAUAAAAGCCUGAAGGAUGAAUUGCAUUUGGUUCACAGACAUCACACACUCGUAUCAGUCGCAUCGUCAAAGAUGAUCUACUCAUUUGGAUGUGGGAUGCAAGGGCAGCUGGGAAACGGAGAAAUGAUCAAGCAGUCUGUGCCUUUCCCUGUGGAUCUGCCAACUGAAUGUAAUCAUGACUAUACGAUUGAAAAAAUCAUCGCUGGGGAGAAUCAUUCAUUUGCCUUGUUUUUCAAAGAACUUGAAAGUAAGGGCAAAUCUAAUCCAAGCAGACCGGUUUUGACAUUAAACGACAGAAUGAUUGACCGAUGGCUGUCUGGAACUGAUCCAUGGGCAACAAUAAAACAGGAAAUAAACACAGUGUUCUCCUCCGCUGCCUCUUUGAACGGAAGUUUUCUCAAAACUAGUUGUGAUGAUCAUUAUCAGACAUCUGAGGAUCAUUGUGGUUUGGAUUUUGAUCUGGUUAAAUCAUCCUUUGCAAAGUUAUCAGGGAAUAAAAGCUUGAUAUCAGAGUGGGUGGUUCAGCAGACACUGCUGCCGUCUCUGAAUCCAAAUCCAGUUGGUGUGGAAUCGCUGAGAGUUUAUCUUCUCCUCCCUGAGCUCAUCAGACGUCUCAAGAAACAAAAAACCGAACUCACUGAAGCUCUGGCUUCUAAAAUCCUUCAGCUGGAUCCUGAUUCUCACAAGGUGUUAGAGAAGUACUGGUCCAAACUCCCUGAUGAUUGGCUCAAUAGCUUGGUGAAGUUAUUUCACAAUGCAUCUGCUGAGCUGAUUGAGCAGAUUUCUUGUGAUGAAAUGGACUGUGACUUAACUAGACGCCUGAAGAAGUUUUUGAAGAUCCUUCAGAUGAUCUAUCAGGUCUGCUGCAGUGCUAACAGAGACAUCCCAAACAGAGAUUUCAUCAUUCAUGAGAUCAGUGAUCUACUAGAUACGCUGCAAGCCACCUUGGAUAAGCUGUUUUUGCCAGUUUUGGGUUUUGUUCUUUCUGAUGAUUUGGAGGAUAUGGUGAAGCUGAAAGAUUACUGCUUUGAAACUAUUAACAUAUUGGUCAAGUUCCCUUUUGUGGCUGACACUGUAUCUAAAAAGAAAAUGUUUUGUUAUUUGCAGGUACUUUUCCAGAGCCUUCCAGACCCACACAGGAUCAUUUUAAAUGGCAAUGUGUUGCACAUAAACAGGGAAUCAGUGUUGACAGACACGCUCAAGUAUCUCAGACAAAAAACCCACGCAUUUCGAUAUCCAUUGCAGGUGACGUUCAUUGGAGAGAAUGGAGUAGAUAUGAGGGGUUUAUCGGCAGAAUUCUUCUUCCUUCUUUCCCAGUCUCUUGUGAAAUGGGAGAAGAAGGUGCUUGAAAUCCAUGAGAGUUCACUGGUUUGGUUCAACCCUGAUGGCAUGCAAGAUGAUAGUGAUUUUUACUAUCUUGGUGUUAUCUUUGGAAUGGCACUCUACAACCAGCAUUAUAUAAACCUUGACUUCCCACUGGCCUUGUACAAGAAACUUCUCCAGCUGAGUCCCACUCUGAAUGAUCUGGAGGAACUGUCUCCUGUGGAUACCAUAAAAACCACAAAAUACAACUAUAAAAAACACUUUAUACACUGUAGUGUUACAGAGCAGGUCAUAUUAAUUGUAUUUCAAAAAUCUCGCAUUAGAACUUUGAAAAGCCUUCUUGAGGAGGACGAGGAUGAAGUAGUUGAUAUGUUCAGUUUCGAUUUCACGGUCAACGGAGAAAAGCUCAUCCCAAACGGAGAUCAAAUUCGAGUGACAAAAGCUAAUAGACAGAAGUAUGUGGAUUUGUAUGUUGACUUUGUUUUCAACAAGUCAGUGAAGAAUCAGUUCGAGCAUUUCUCCAGAGGUUUCUUUAAGGGCUGCCCGUUCGAUUUCUGGAGCAUGUUCCACCCUGAAGAACUCCAGGAGCUUCUCCACGGCUCCCCUGAAUACGAGUGGAAGGAGCUUCAGCAGUGUGCUUCCUAUGAAAAGUGCUCUGCCUCUGAUGAGCUCAUCAAGAACUUCUGGACUGAAUAUCAUUAUUAUUUGCCUCACAUUAUUUAUUUUUUUCUAGUUUUCUUGUAUGGGACAGACCGUGUACCUGUGGGAGGUUUCUCAAAGCGCUCUCUGAAGAUUUCACAGUUAGUCUGUCCUGAUGCAGAAGACCGACUGCCAGAGGCCCAGACCUGUUUUGGCAAAUUAAUUCUUCCCAAAUACAGUGAUACGAACACACUUCGUGACAAGCUAAUACAUGUAAUCAACUUUUGUAAGGUUUUUGGACGAGCGUGAAAUUCCCUCCAGAAUCCAGACCCUAUGCAGUCAAGCAUAUGCUGCUAAACUUUGUAUCGUAUUGGCUUUGGAGGACUCAUAUUGGCUAGUUAUCAUUAUUUAUAUAAGUUAGACAUCAUAAAAUUGCUUAUAUAUGUAAAUAAACACAUUGUGAGAGUUCUAUCAUUAUUUAAAAUACCAUUUAUUGUUCAUGUUUUACUGCUGGUAACUUAACUAAAGCACUUUGUGAUUUUAUUUAGCCUAAUAUAAUGCAUUAAUAUACAGAUAUUCUGGUCUGUUAACUCAAUCCUAUUGUAUGUUUUGUUAUUUAGUGUUUUCUUCAAACAUAUUUAGUUGCUUAGAUAAAAAAAAUAUACAUGUUCUGGUAAAUAUGUCUUGUAUUGUCCAUCUUUAAAAAUUAUAUUCAUCAUAUUUACACAUGGAACAAAAGAUGCAACAGAACUGGAAUAAAAUAAGUUUAAGUACCAA